AAAAAUGAAAAUGAAAAAGAAAUGUCGUUGCAUGCAUGCCACAUGCAAAAUAUAGUCCGUUUGACGAUCGGUACGUAAUAUUAUCAUCUUUUGUCGUUUGGAAUUUUCUUUCUUAUCCACAGGCACUCUCCAACACUUGUAUGGCUUCAAAUUCCACUUACCCUGCUUUCUUCGUCUUCUUCCUCAACAUAUUUUUCCUCUCCUCGUCACUUUCAUGAGAGUAAAACUUCCGAAACUUGUGGCUCGAGACCUCAAAUCUCUAUUGUUCUCAGCCCAACAUGGCAGCUCAGAGGUUUCCUCCCGCCAAAUGAUUUUUUUUCCUGCGAAUUAAUAUGCUUGUUUCCGUCGAUUGUUGGUCUGGUUGAUUGCUGUCUGCGAAAAUGGAGAGAUUUUCACAGAGAGAGGCUGUUCUUUUAGGGUAUAGUAGUCUUCGGCGACCUUUCACGAACUCCAGCUCUUUGCCCAAGGUUCCCGGCAGAGAACUGGGUUUAGAUUUCCACGAUGUGUUCGGCGGGCCACCGAGGCGGUCGUCAGUUCAAGAAAAUCGGUUCAGUUUCAACGAAGCCGCGGAUUUCCAUGGACGUAGAGGGGAGGAGGAUGAAGCACUUUCAUGUCCUGUUAUUGGCGGGAAGCCGGUGUUUGGGGAUGAGAAUGAGAAUCGAAGGCGGUGCCUGAGCAAUGAUUUCUUUGAUGACAUUUUCCGAGGCGAUGAAUCUUUGAGCCCUGCCCGAGCCCUGCCACCCAAAGCUGACUCAUUCAGCUUACCUGCCAAACUGACCAAAGGGAUGGACUCUCCGGUAUUUGGUUCCACCCUUCAUAGUUCAUCUAAAUACAAGGAUGGUGCAUCCAAUGGAAUUAGCCUUUCUAAUUCUUCAAACCAAGCAAUUCAACGCCUUGAGGAGUUGGGGAAUGAUGUUCAGUCAUCUUAUCACCAAAGCCCUUUAUCUCCGAAGAUCUCUUGUGUCAGCUUGGAGUCAUCAGACUUGAAUAACUCUGAUAAAAGAGACACAGAAGGAAACAGGAAAAACGAUUCAAAUAGUUUGGAGGUCCUAAGGGAAAGUGGUCAGUUUCACUUUUCUAUAUACAGAUGGGCUAGCAAAGGAGUGCCAUUGGCGACACUUUUUAGAGGGAAUAGGUCUGCCAAGUUUGAGAGAUGCUCAAGCUCGAAUGGAUGGCUGGAAAGUGGAAGAAUGAUGAGGGAAUCAUCUACAAAUUCCUCUAAGAUGGAAUGCAACCAACAGGAAAAUGACUCUAUUCUUGAUACAAGAGUUCAAGAUAUUUUAGAACCAUGUCAAAGUGUUUCAGAAUUAAUUCUUCCCACACCAGAAUCAGAAUCACAUUCCCUGUUGCUUGAUAACAAAUAUGAACAAGGCAAUAAUGGAAUGGGUGAAAAAGGUGACGGUAAGGAAAGGACAGUUAUAAGCACAAAAGAGCCAUUAGUACUUGUUGACACAAGUAAAAAUGUAAAGAAAGAAGAUGGAAAAAGAGCUACUUCUCAGGAUUCAACCGUGUACUCGGCUGACAAGCUUGGGAGGAACAGAGUUAAGGGAAGGGUCAAAGAAUUCGUUAAAAUUUUCAACCAAGGGGCUUCUCAAAAACCCAAAGAAAAUAUUGAUAUUGACUGUGGAAUUCAAAACUCUAAAGGGAAAAAGAGAGACACUUACAGGGUAGUGAAUGAAGUAAGCAUUGGCACACCUGGAUUAGAUGAGAAUACUCCAAGGUCCCAAGUAAGCAACAAAGUCCCAACCAUUUCGAUCACGGCAGAUGAAUAUCUAAAACAGUCAGAGAAAGAAGAUUCUGCCUUCAAGAGCACCAACUAUACAUUCAGUGAUACUUUGUCAGGACAAAAGGAUUACUCACCAUCAAACGCAUCAAUUCUUAAUGGCUCGAAGGCUAUAAUUGAAGACGCGGAUGAGUCCUUCCGAGGGAACUACAUUAUAAAAGAAUUACCCCAAGGCCACAAUGAACUGCCUCAAAGUGUUGACAAAGAUGAAGACAUCAAAGUUAUCGAUGCAAAAAUCAGACACUGGUCCAAUGGAAAGACAGGAAAUAUACGAUCAUUGCUAUCGACUUUACAAUAUGUUCUUUGGCCAGAGAGUGGGUGGAAGCCUGUAGCUCUGGUUGAUAUAAUUGAAGGAACUUCAGUGAAAAGAGCUUAUCAGAAAGCUUUACUCUGCCUACAUCCAGAUAAGCUACAGCAGAAGGGUGCUGCUUUGGAUAAAAAAUACAUUGCAGAAAAAGUUUUUGAUAUUUUGCAGGAGGCAUGGACUCAUUUCAACUCCCUUGGCUCAUUGUGAGUCUGUGACUUCAGUCUUUUAUGGAAAUGUUCCAUCAGUGGACAAGGACACAGAUGAGUUGCUCAGAAAUAAAACGUCCACACAAUUAAGGAUCUGUUUGGGAUUGUCAGUGGAUAAUAGAAAUUUUCACUGUAGAAUUUGUCUGUGGAGGAGUAAUGCCAAAAAUUUCUAUUUUUGAAAAGUUCUUUUUUUACCGUGAUAAUUGUGAUAUUCCGUUCUAACUGGUAAGCUUUGGUGGUAUAUGGGAUUUUACAUUACUUGAAAAUAAGAAUUUUUGCUCUUUAUAAUAGUUUCAACAGGAUUUUGCAUCA